AUGUCUGGAUUACGCGCCGCCAUGCGCUGCGUUUUAGGCGUCAAUCGGCGCUCACUGCAGUCUCGCGUUUUCAAGUCAACGCAUGCACCUGAUGCUUUGUUCCAGAUGCCGUCAUUCCCCAUGCCGGAAGACCCGUCGUUGUGGCAAGCCAAAUAUCCACGAGCAGACCCGUCGUAUCUCUGGAAAGUGGGUUCUUUUCCUAUGCAGAACGAACAGGACGAAGCUGAAGAGAAGGAGGGGGCAUUAGUUUGCUCGGAAGAUCUGUGGGAUACUUCUGGUAUGCUCAGUGCAUUGCAUGAUAAUUUGCCAUUGCGAGACAUGGACGGCCCUCGUGAUGUGGACGAACUGUUGUGUCAGAUGGACGGCUAUUUGGCGGACAGUGUGGUGAAGAAACGACGAAAGAAAAUGAACAAGCACAAGCAUCGAAAGCGUAAGAAAGCGCUGCGUAUGCGCACCAAGAAGAACUAA